CUCAUCUCACUCUUUCCUUUCCCCACUGGGUUUAGUGUGACAGGACAGGGUCGCGCCAUUUGUAAGUCAAAAACCUCAAAUUGGGUACACGUUUAUAUUAAUUACUCACAGUAAUACCCAUAAAACGAAUUAAACAUGUCAAACGAAGAGACUUCGGCUGAUCGUAACGUUGAAAUAUGGAAAAUAAAGAAGCUUAUAAAGAGUUUAGAACAAGCAAGGGGGAAUGGAACGAGUAUGAUUUCCCUCAUCAUUCCGCCCAAGGAUCAAAUAUCACGUAUUAGCAAAAUGUUGGCCGAUGAAUUUGGCACUGCCUCCAACAUUAAGUCGAGAGUGAACAGGUUGUCUGUGCUAGGUGCAAUCACUUCGGUACAACAUCGACUGAAGCUCUAUACAAAGGUGCCUCCAAAUGGAUUGGUAAUAUACUGUGGAACUAUAGUAACAGAUGAGGGCAAAGAAAAAAAGGUUAAUAUCGAUUUCGAACCUUUCAAACCAAUCAAUACCUCCCUUUAUUUGUGCGACAAUAAAUUCCAUACCGAAGCCCUAACUGCUCUUUUAGCUGAUGACAACAAAUUUGGUUUUAUUGUAAUGGAUGGUAAUGGAGCUCUUUUUGGAACUCUACAAGGUAACACUAGAGAAGUGCUGCACAAGUUCACUGUGGACCUUCCGAAGAAACAUGGAAGAGGAGGUCAGUCGGCUCUGCGUUUUGCACGUCUCCGUAUGGAAAAACGUCAUAAUUAUGUUAGGAAAGUAGCUGAAGUUGCCACUCAAUUGUUUAUUACUAAUGACAAGCCAAAUAUAGCAGGUCUGAUAUUGGCUGGUAGUGCGGAUUUUAAGACUGAAUUAUCCCAGUCUGACAUGUUUGAUCCGAGGUUGCAAGUGAAAGUCAUCAAGUUGGUUGACGUGUCUUAUGGAGGCGAAAAUGGAUUCAACCAGGCUAUCGAGCUGGCCGCCGAAUCUUUGCAAAACGUUAAAUUCAUCCAGGAAAAGAAGCUUAUAGGAAGAUACUUCGACGAGAUCAGCCAGGACACCGGCAAAUACUGUUUUGGAGUUGAAGAUACACUCAGAGGUCUCGAACUGGGUGCAGUGGAAACGUUGAUUUGUUGGGAAAAUUUGGACAUCCAACGAUACGUUCUGAAGAACCACACCUCUGGUAGCGAGACAAUAUUGCAUUUGACCCCCGAGCAGGAGAAGGACAAGUCUCACUUCACUGACAAAGAAAGUGGCGUAGAAUUAGAAUUAGUUGAAUGCCAGCCGCUGUUGGAAUGGCUGGCAAAUAACUACAAGAAUUUUGGUGCUACUUUAGAAAUAAUCACGGAUAAGUCUCAAGAAGGAUCGCAAUUUGUUCGAGGUUUUGGAGGAAUAGGCGGUUUGCUAAGGUACAAGGUAGACUUCCAAAGUUUGCAGUUAGACGAUGAGGGAAAUGGUGAACUCUUUGAUUUAGACGAAUAUUAAACUUCUAAGGCGGCAUCUAAGAACUUAGUCCGAUUUUUACUCGAAGAACAGGUUGAACGUAUAAGUUACAGUUAUGAUACAAAUAUCUACUUCAGCAGUCAAAUUCUUGGAUUUUUAUGAUUGUACAUGGUACUCGGCGCCCCCUCUCUUGUAAACUACAUUUUUCAUUCCAGUCGAGACAGUUAUAUAAUUGUGGUAAUUUUAUCGAUAUAGUUCUGUGCUGAAACUUCCAAGUUAUUAAAACCGUUCAGGGAUUUUACAGCAUGGAGUUGCACUAGCUCAACUUCAUCAAGAAUACCCAAAAUGGCUAGAAGUUAUAUAUGCAACGAAAGGUGCUCGGUCAGAUGUCAGGUAUCCUUUGUGUUAAAAGAAAUUAUUUUAGGUGCAAUUGAUUAGGGUUUUAUGGGUACUUGGAAUUUGAUUGUUCUCUAUUAAGAGUUAUCUACAGGUUACGGGGCGUUAGAAAAGUGAGAGCAUAUCUUAUUAAUGAACAGUCUUGUUCAUAGUGUUAGUAAUUUUUCUAUUUAUAUGCUCAGAGUUACGAACAUAUGUUUCCAUUCCCAUGACAAGAUGGACAUUCUCACGCCCCGUAACCGUACUUUGGGUAUUCUUGACGAUUCAAGACGAUAUAAUUGAAGCAGCCUGUAUAUAGACGUUUAAUGGUUUUUGUAUAAUGUCGAAUGGAAAUGUAUGUCAACUCAAUUGAUUCGAAAUUAAAAAUUGUUUCUAGA